AUGACAAAACUUUCUCCUUAUAAAGACUCAAUACUUUGCUUGUGUAUUAGUUCAGAAACGUUCUUGAUACAAAUUUACUAUUUGGGCAUUAGAAGCCAACUUUGUUACAUCAACAAGCAGGAUAUGGCCUUAGAACAGCUGGACACUACCUUUAACAAACACGAUACUCCAUUAGGGAAAUGGAAGACAAUGAACGAUGAAGUUGAAGAGAAUAUUUCUGGUGGUUUUGAAUGUAACAUAUGCCUGGAUCUCGUCCACGACCCUGUGGUAACUUUAUGUGGUCACCUCUACUGUUGGCCUUGCAUCUACAAAUGGAUUCAUUUCCAGAGUGUUCCCUCAGAAAAUUUGGAUCAGCAGCAACCACAGUGCCCUGUAUGCAAGGCUGAAGUUUCAGAAAGAACUUUGAUUCCACUCUAUGGACGCGGUGGUCAAUCUACCAAACCAUCUGAAGGAAAGGCUCCGAAUCUUGGUAUAGUGAUCCCACAAAGACCUCCUAGUCCAAGAUGCGGCGGUCACUUACUGAUACCAACUACCGAUUCAAGUCCAUCCCAUCUACUUCAACGACGAAAUGAUCAACAACAGUCUCAAACACGUCAAUCGCCUUAUCAACCACAAAGCGCCUCACCAGGCACCACAGUUAAUAUGUUACAACCCUCCAUGAUUGGACAAGUGGCCUAUGCAAGAAUCUUUGGUAAUUCAUCAACAACUCUGUAUGCAUACCCAAACUCUUACAAUCUAGCCAUCAGCAGUAGUCCAAGAAUGAGAAGGCAAUUAUCACAGGCUGAUAGAUCACUUGGGAGAAUAUGUUUUUUCCUAUUUUGUUGCUUUGUGACAUGUCUAAUCUUGUUUUGAACACUUUGUCUGUUGCUUCUACUUUGUAAAAAAGAAGAUAUGAUGUUGUAGUAGAUAAGAAAAUGUACAGCCUCAGCUAAAUGUGUAAAAAAAUCAUAGAAGCAUUUGCUUUCUUUGAUUGUUGAUAAAACACACUUGGAAUUUGAGUGCUUGAAGAUUUGAACCCUUUUUUGAUGUAUUAAUCUAAGAAAUGAGGUUGGUAAUUCUAUCCAUUA